UAUGGUCGUUGCUAGUAAAAGAAAGGUGGGAAAUAUAUAAAUAUAUAUAUACAUACACAAUAUUUGAAAGUUCAUAGCGUCGAGCAACAUAGGCAUCUACUGAACAAUUUUAGAGGAAAUGUUUAUCCUGAAAAAUGUAUAUUCCAGAACUGUGCGAGCAAACUAAAGAAAGACAUCAUACGAAGUUAUUCGCCAGCAACUAGCAAGCAGUCACAGCAUAGGGUGGCUAGGCUAAAUUAGCUAAGCUAGGAAGUAUCUUCGUUUUUAAUGACAACAGCUAGAAAAGUACUCGAAGCAAGAGAACCGUGUGCAUGAUAAUGGUUUAAAUUAGCUCGUCGUCUGGUUUAUUGUGGAGCAAAUAACGUAUGUUGCUGCAACGGGAAUGUCGACCCUUCAUCUCCACGGAACCCCCCGCCUGUUGUAGCGACGAGCUAACUAACGUUCUCCUUCAAUUGAAUGGACGUCGCAGUGGACGUGGUUUGAUCAACAAUGUGCGCUAAUUGCUAAGCUAACUGCUCAGGUUUCGAUGUUGAUGGUCACGAGCUACUCGUCGGAUGAAGAGGGUCGCACUCAUUUAGCCUGGAAAACUACUGAAGAACGUCGUAUUUAGAUUGGAUGACCAUUAAGGCGCAACUUUAAAUGGAUAAAAUUGCGAAAUCUGGAUGAAAUAAUGCCCUUUCCUGGCAUAUGAAGAUGUCACAACCAAUGGAUAUUCAAAAGUGAAAUCGCAAAUAAUGGGAAAUGUUUAUUGGGUUAAUAUGGAGCUUAGAAUAAUUAUACAUCACAUUUUUUGGGGCCGUUUUUAUUUUGUUGCGGGAUCAUAUGUCCAUAUUUUAAAGGGGAGUGAUGGCGCUUUUGACUGACGUCCUGAGUCCCAGGUAGUUCUCAGGCUUUCAUUUAACGUUGCUGUACUGGAGUGGUGGGGGUGGACGCCGCCCGGCUUGGCCCAGCAAUUUCCUUAAAAUGGAAUAGGACUGGAAAUGUAUUUUUGAUCUUUUACAGUUUUGUCUUUGAGACGUCAACUCAACAAUAUUGUCAUGUCGCCCAGCUGUUGGCAUAUCAAGAAAUUGUCUUCAUUGAAAUGAUUUUUCGUGAGACUAAAACAAUCAUGAACAUGAAGGAGAAGUUCCCGAAGCAACAAUAUGUGUGCUAAUUGAAAGAUAACCGAAUCAUGGACUGAUGUCACUCACAGAUGUCAACACAAUACAUUUUAAACACAAGUACUAUUGUCUUUUAAAGAAAGUAUAAGUUGUGAUUUCAUCAUGUCUGAUUUUGCUGAAUUCGUACCCCCUCCCGAGUGCCCAGUUUUUGAACCGAGUUGGGAAGAUUUUUCGGAUCCACUAGGAUUUAUAAACAAGAUUCGACCUAUUGCAGAGAGAGCUGGCAUCUGCAAAAUUCGACCGCCCGAGGACUGGACACCUCCUUUUGCCUGCGACGUACGCAACUUCCGCUUCACUCCCAGAGUCCAGAGACUCAAUGAAUUGGAGGCCCUCACUCGAGUCAAGCUCAACUUCCUGGAUCAGAUUGCCAAGUUCUGGGAGCUGCAGGGGUCCAGGCUGCGCUUCCCUCAUGUGGAGAGGAAGAUCCUCGAUCUGUACCAGCUCAGCAAGAUUGUCUCCUCCGAGGGAGGCUUUGAGACAGUGUGUAAGGAGAAGAGAUGGUCCAAGGUGGGCAGCAGGAUGGGUUUCCCCCCAGGGAAAGGUAUGGGCUCUCUGCUGCGGUCCCACUUCGAGAGGAUCCUCUACCCCUAUGAGCUCUUCCAGUCUGGAGCCACGCUCACUGGUAUCCACCAUCUGUACGAGGAGGGAGAUGACGGAGAGGUGCAGGACGAGGGCAUGGGGGAAGAGGAGGAGGAGGAUGAAGAGAGGGACAGCCUGAGUGACGGGACUCAGAACAAGGACUGCCCGCUCACUGAGCGACGCUCCCGCCGCCUGAAGUCCGAGGUCGGUGAUGAGCGGGAAAACAAAGAGCCCAAGACCAUGCAGAUCUUUGGCAGUGGUCCCAAGAUGGUUGGUUUAGAGAUUGUACCGGCUGAUGAUGGGUUCAAUAAGAAGCAGCGUUACCUGAAGGCCCAGGCCUUCGCCAUUAAGAUGCGACCACGCAAAGAAACCCUGGAGGUCAACUUUAUCCCCCAGAUUGACCUCUACAUGUGCCUGAUGUGUGGGCGGGGCGACGAGGAGGACCGCCUCCUGCUGUGUGACGGCUGUGAUGACAGCUACCACACCUUCUGUCUGAUUCCGCCCCUACAGGAUGUCCCUAAGGGGGACUGGCGAUGCCCCAAGUGUGUUGCUGAGGAGUGCAGUAAGCCACGGGAGGCGUUUGGCUUUGAGCAAGCCGUGAGGGAGUACACCCUCCAGAGCUUUGGAGAGAUGGCUGACCACUUCAAGUCAGACUACUUCAACAUGCCCGUGCACAUGGUGCCUACAGAGCUAGUGGAGAAGGAGUUCUGGCGUCUGGUAAGCUCCAUCGAGGAGGAUGUCAUUGUGGAGUACGGAGCUGACAUCAGCUCUAAGGAGGUGGGCAGCGGAUUCCCCGUCAGGGAUGGCAAGAGACGGCUACUGGGAGACGAAGAGGAGUAUGCCAAUUCAGGCUGGAACCUGAACAACAUGCCAGUCCUGGAGCAGUCGGUCCUUACCCACAUAAACGUGGAUAUAUCUGGCAUGAAGGUGCCCUGGCUCUAUGUGGGCAUGUGCUUCUCCUCCUUCUGCUGGCACAUCGAGGACCACUGGAGCUACUCCAUCAACUUCCUGCACUGGGGGGAGCCUAAGACGUGGUAUGGUGUCCCGGCCCACGCGGCAGAGCAGCUGGAGUCAGUGAUGAAAAAGCUGGCCCCAGAGCUGUUUGACUCUCAGCCUGACCUGUUGCACCAGCUUGUCACCAUCAUGAAUCCCAACGUCCUCAUGGAGCACGGAGUGCCCGUUUACCGCACCAACCAGUGUGCGGGGGAGUUUGUGGUGACCUUUCCCAGAGCCUACCACAGUGGCUUCAACCAGGGAUACAACUUUGCUGAGGCUGUCAACUUCUGUACCGCAGACUGGCUCCCGAUGGGUCGUCAGUGUGUGGCCCACUACCGGCGGCUCCACCGCUACUGUGUCUUCUCCCACGAGGAGCUGCUGUGCAAGAUGGCUGCCGACCCCGAGAGCCUGGACGUGGAGCUGGCUGCUGCAGUCUUCAGAGAGAUGGGAGAGAUGAUGGAGGAAGAGACACGGCUUAGACAGGCCUUGCAGGAGAUGGGUGUGCUGUCCUCAGAGCAGGAGGUGUUUGAGCUGGUCCCUGAUGACGAACGGCAGUGUCAGAAGUGUAAGACCACCUGUUUCCUGUCAGCUCUGACGUGUCCCUGCAGCCCAGAGCGUCUCGUCUGUCUGCACCACGCCAAGGAGCUUUGUGACUGUCCCCUGGGAAUCAAGUGUUUACGCUACCGGUAUGAUCUGGAGGAGUUUCCCUCCAUGCUGUAUGGGGUGAAGUCCAGAGCCCUGUCCUAUGACACCUGGGUCAAGCGGGUCACUGAGGCCUUGGCUGCUGACCACAAGAAUAAGAAAGGCCUGAUAGAGUUGAAGGUUCUUCUGGAGGAUGCAGAGGACAGGAAGUAUCCAGAGAACAGUCUGUUCCGUCGGCUCAGAGAGAUGGUGAAGGAGGCCGAAACCUGCUCUUCUGUGGCCCAGGUACUGCUCAGCCGCAAGCAGAGACACAGUACCAGGCAGCAUCCAGAGAGCAACAGGACUCGUAACAAGCUGACAGUGGAGGAGCUGAAAGUCUUUGUAGAGCAGUUGUUCAAACUGCCCUGUGUCAUCGGACAGGCUCGACAGGUCAAAGAGUUACUAGAGAACGUGGAGGACUUCCAUGAGAGAGCCCAGGUAGCCCUGGCUGACGAGCUGCCUGACUCCUCCAAGCUGCAGGCCCUGCUAGACCUGGGUGGAGGUCUGGAUGUGGAACUACCUGAGCUUCCCAGGCUCAAACAGGAGCUGCAGCAGGCCCGCUGGCUGGAUGAGGUGCGUGUGACGCUGGCAGAGCCCCACCGGGUGACCCUGGAGCUGAUGAAGCGGCUGAUAGACUCUGGGGUGGGGCUGGCACCACACCAUGCUGUGGAGAAGGCCAUGGCUGAGUUGCAGGAGAUACUCACUGUGUCAGAGAGAUGGGAGGACAAGGCCCGUGCAUGCCUACAGGCCAGGCCUCGUCACAGCAUGCUAACCCUGGAGAGCAUCAUGAUAGAGGCCAGGAACAUACCGGCCUACCUGCCCAACGUCCUGGCCCUCCGAGAGGCUCUGCACAAGGCCAAGGAGUGGAGUGCCAAGGUGGAUGCCGUUCAGGUAGUGUCGCGUCGCACGUGUGGCAGUAACUAUGCAUACCUGGAGCAGCUGGAGAGCCUGCUGGCGAGGGGUCGCUCCAUCCCCGUCCGGCUGGACCCCCUGCCCCAGGUCGAAUCCCAGGUGGCCUCAGCCCGCGCCUGGAGGGAGAGGACCGCACGCACCUUCCUCAAGAAGAACUCCACCUACACCCUGUUACAGGUCCUUAGUCCGCGUGUGGAUAUUGGUAUCUACGGCAACAGCAAGAGCAAACGCAAACGAGUCAAGGAGCUCCUUGAGAAGGAGAGAGGUCUAGACCUGGAGGGUCUCAGCGACCUUGACGAGAGUUAUGAAGAUGCCUGUGACCCGGCCAUCGUCGUAGCGGCAUUCAAAUCCAAGGAGCAGAAAGAAGUUGAGGCCAUCCACUCCCUCCGAGCUGCCAACCUGGCUAAGAUGGCCAUGUCUGACCGCAUUGAGGAGGUCAAGUUCUGUCUGUGUCGUAAGACUGCCAGCGGGUUUAUGCUGCAGUGUGAACUGUGCAAGGACUGGUUCCAUGGAGCCUGCGUGCCGUUACCGAAAGCGGGCUCGCAGAAGAAGCUCAUGGGCUCGGCCGGGUGCCAAAGCAACAGCAAGGAGGCCAAAUUCCUGUGCCCGUUAUGCCAGAGGUCACGUCGCCCGCGUCUGGAGACCAUCCUGUCUCUCCUGGUGUCCCUCCAGAAGCUGCCGGUGCGUCUGCCUGAGGGGGAGGCCCUACAGUGCCUGACGGAGAGGGCCAUGGGCUGGCAGGACCGCGCCAGGCAGGCCCUGGCUACAAACGAGCUGUCCUCGGCCCUGGCCAAGCUGUCGGUGCUCAGUCAGAGGAUGGUAGAACAGGCUGCCCGGGAGAAGACCGAGAAAAUCAUCAACGCCGAGCUGCAGAAGGCUGCCGCAAACCCUGACCUGCAGGGUCACAUCCAGACGUUCCAGCAGGCAGGGUUCAGCAGGGCAGCGUCGCCACGCCAGUCUGUCGACUACGAUGACGAGGAGACGGACUCUGACGAGGACAUCAGGGAAACAUAUGGCUACGACAUGAAGGACCCAGGUGAAGUGAAGCCGUACCUGUUUUGUGAUGAGGAGAUCCCUGUCAAGUCAGAGGAAGUAGUCAGUCACAUGUGGCCCACCACACCCUCUUUCUGCGCUGAACACGCCUACUCCUCUGCGUCCAAGUCCUGCCCUCCGAACCAGAGCACCCCCAGGAAGCAGCCCAGGAAGACGCCCCUGGUGCCUCGAUCCCUGGAGCCCCCUGUGCUGGAGCUGUCCCCUCCCGCCAAGGCCCAGUUGGAGGAGCUGAUGAUGGUGGGGGACCUGCUGGAGGUGUCUCUGGACGAGACCCAGCACAUCUGGAGGAUCCUGGAAGCCACACACCCUCCCUCUGAGGAGAGGUUCCUACAGGUCAUGGAGCAUGAGGAUUCUCAGUUUGAGAAGCCGAUGAAGAUCAAGAUGAAGGACUCUGAGAAGAAGAGGAAGAGGAAGCUGGAGAGGGCGGAGCACCAGCUUCUCAUGGCAGCUGUCUCGGGGGUCGGAGACAUGAUGCGGUCCCCCAAGUCCUCAAAGGAUCCGAAACGGAGCCUCUUAGACCCGCUGGGGAAACCCAAGAAGAAAAAGCUGAAGCUGAACCCGGAUAAGAACCGUGAACUGAAACAGCUGGCCAAGCGCCUGGCUAAAGAGGAUAAGGAGAGGAAGAGGAAGGAUAAAGCUGUGGUCAAGUCUGAGGCUGUCAGGGAUGGGCUGGAGAAGAGGAAAGAGAAGAAGAUCCUGGAUAUACCGUCGAAAUACGACUGGUCCGGAGCUGAGGACUCCAAUGAUGAGAACGCUGUCUGUGCAUCCAAGAACUGUAUGAGACCCUGCAAGGACAAGGUGGACUGGGUUCAGUGCGACGGCGGCUGUGACGAGUGGUUCCACCAGGUGUGUGUGGGUGUGACCUGCGAGAUGGCCGAGAACGAGGACUACAUCUGCAUCGACUGCACCCGCAAGUCGUCUAUCUUGAGUGGGGGCGUAGUUGGAAGUUUGGGCAGAAGCAUGGGCAUAGGAGGAGGAGGGGUGACAGCAGUGGUGAAGUUGGAGCGUGUUUAUGAGGAGCCGGUGGUGCUGGAAGCGCCAGUCUACAGCGGGCUGAGCCAGAUCAUUAUGCCCCCCUCCCAGACCCAAAUGAUGCCCCCCUCUACCUCCCUCCCCCAGCAGCAGCAACAGCAGCAGCCGGACACUCGGGAGAGCAGCUAGCGCAGACCCAGGACAGAGACGUACAUGCACAGUCGGCCACCACACACAAACCCAUUCAUCCGGUAAGCUCGCAUCAGACCAUUUGAGUCUGGAAGACCCUGACUUGUUCUGACUGACAUAUUUCCCUCUUGACUUAAUGGUAGAGGAGCUUCAAAUUAAGGGGUAUCUUCAAGACUGGAUGAUGAUACUCCCAUGAGAAUAAUACUACAAAGAAAUUAGACCAUCAGCUCCUUUGAGGAGGAGAGAGAUGUAUUUUCUGAAUCACAGACAAACUCCAGAUGACCUUUUUCCCCGCUCUCCCUCUCUCCUCUUCUCUCUCCUCAUGGGAACCAAUUGUUGAUGAGGAUUUGUUUCUCUCUAAUUCAGAACUGUUAAAGAAGGCCUUAUAAUCCAGAGAACACUGUGUGCACAGAGCGUUUUUUUCUGCACGACUUGGAAUGACAAUGUGCCGUUUUGUCUGUUUCUUGAGUUUUGGGUCUGUAAUGUCCUCUACCCCCGUCUGAAUUUUUUUUGGUGCCAAUCUGCCUCAGUCCUACUACAGUCAAACUUCAGUACAGUCAUUAUGAAGCUGUGGAGGUGUAAUUAGGUGUCCCAAAUGGCACCCUAUUUUAUGUAGUGCACCACAUGGGAUCUGGUCAAAUGUAGUGCACUAUAAAGGGAAUAGGGUGCCAUUUGGGAUGCGAUGUUACACCUCCACAUAUUCAUGAUAACUACUGAGUCGGCAGGUAGCCUAACUUUUUAAGUGUUGGGCCAGUAACCAAAAAGUCUCUGGUUCGAAACCCCCGGGCUGACUAGGUGAAAAAUGUAUUGAUGUGCCCUUGAUUAAGGUACUUAACCCUAAUUGCUCCUGUAUGUCGAUCUGGAUAAGAGCAUCUGAUAAAUGACAAAAAUAUAAAUGUGAAAAUUUGGGACGCACAUUCAGUAUCCUCUCCUCUCUGUCUUUCUUCAAACAAUAAAUAACAGCUCCAUGUAGGACUAGGAACAAUGGUUGUAUGUAGUGAUACGUAUUUAUAAUGUGUAAAUAGGUUUUAAGCAAUAAAUUGAUUGAAUGUGGCUGUUUUUGUUUUCUCACCUUUAAUAAACAAUUCCUAGUCAAAUGAGUAAGGAGCAGCAUUUUUUGUUUUAUUUUCAAUACCAUUUUAUACUAUUUCCUGUUUGAGAUGAUUUGAUAUGUAAUUUAAUGUCAAUACCAAUGUCUGGCAUCAGAUGUCUAAACUCCCAACUACCUUUUAGAUAGAUUUGAGUUUGGGGUGAGUUCCCAUGUUUUCGUCUCACGCCCAAUCCCAGAUCAAUGUGUAGCUCAUACUGUACCCCCUAUGUAUGUCUUAGUCUGUAGGAGUUGUCAGAGGAGAAUGAAAGGUUCAUUAAGAGUUUAAAAAUCUAAUAUUGGCAAUCAGUUGACUGUUUUACACUAUCAAAUCCAUUUUCUUGAAACAAUGCAACAACUUGUUACA